UUUCUAUGAAUUCAUUUUCGUACCUUUGCAGGGCAUUUUGGAUCUAGGAUGGCAGCAAGAUAUGACAGAGCUAUUACAGUCUUUUCCCCGGACGGCCAUCUCUUCCAAGUUGAAUAUGCCCAAGAGGCCGUCAAGAAAGGCUCCACUGCUGUUGGUAUCCGGGGUAAAGAUAUUGUAGUUCUUGGUGUUGAGAAGAAAUCCGUUGCAAAGCUACAAGAAGAACGAACCGUGCGAAAGAUCUGUGCACUGGAUGAACACGUCUGCAUGGCCUUCGCUGGAUUGACAGCAGAUGCUCGUAUUGUGAUCAACAGAGCCAGAGUAGAGUGCCAGAGCCACAGGCUGACCGUGGAGGAUCCCGUUACUGUCGAGUACAUCACACGCUACAUCGCAACCCUAAAACAGAGAUACACUCAGAGCAACGGACGCAGACCGUUCGGCAUCUCUGCGCUGAUCGUGGGUUUUGACGACGACGGAACUCCCAGGCUCUACCAGACAGACCCCUCAGGAACAUACCAUGCAUGGAAGGCAAAUGCAAUCGGUCGCAGUGCAAAGACGGUGAGAGAAUUUUUGGAAAAGAACUACACAGAUGACGCUCUUGCAAGUGACAAUGAUGCAAUCAAGCUUGCAAUCAAAGCUUUGCUCGAGGUUGUGCAGUCUGGGGGGAAGAACAUUGAGCUUGCCGUCAUCAGAAGGACUCAGCCAUUGAAGAUUUUGGAGUCGAAAGAAAUUGAGACACUGGUGGCGGAAAUAGAGAAAGAGAAAGAGGAGGAGGCUGAGAAGAAGAAGCAGAAGAAAGCCACAUAAAACUGGCAGUGACUAAAACUGAAACUUGUUGGUGUGUAGGUGGAUAACAGCACUUAGUUUCGGCUGAAGAUGUCAUACCAAGCCUUUCACAGUGUUUUUUUUUUUUGUUUUGUUUUUUGUUCGAUAAUCUAUGAAAAGGUCAAGUAGCUCUAUUGUUUUUGUCAGCUGCAUGUUGUUCCGUUAGCCUCGAAUAUGAACUGACACCCUCCCCCUGUUGAACACUACAAAAAAAAUGCAAUUUAUAAGAAAAACAUCUCAAUAAACAUCUUUUGGUUUGUAUAA